GGGGAAGAGACAAAGUCAGAGAGUGAGGGAAGGAAAGAGAGAGGGAGGGAGAAAGAGAAAGCAACAGCGGGAGAGAGAAAGAGUGUGAUGUCAAACCAGCUGAGCUCAGAAAGUAAACAGAGCUCCAGACUGCAGCAUGCUUUCUGCAGUACGGGGACUGCAGCUGGGGGAAAGCCACGGGGGGACCCCUACGCUCCCUCACACAGGCACCCACCACUCCCCCGGGACCCGUGGAUCUUCCCUCUUCAUCACUCUCUUCAUCCUCAUCUCCCUGUACCAGGGGCUAGCAUGGCCCUACGACUACAGGUACCUAUAUAACCAGUGUCCGGGCCCAGAGUGGAACGUCAUGUGUCGGGGCUGCUGUGAGUACGACGUGAUCCGCUGUAAGUGUCCCCUCCAAGGCACCCCCGUUGGCUACGCUGUGCCUUGCUGCCGCAACGCCCUCAACGAGUGUGACCCCUGCAUCAUUCACCCAGGUUGCAGCAUAUUUGAGAACUGUAAGCGGUGUAACAAUGGGACGUGGGGGCCCAGAGAUGAUUUCUUCGUCAAGGGGAAGUACUGUGCUGAGUGUCGACCCGGCUGGUCAGGCGGUGACUGCUUGAAGUGUGGAGGAGUGAUCCGUAAACGUCAGGGACACAUAGUCCUGGAGAGUUACCCCACCAACGCUCGUUGUGAGUGGACUGUUCAGGUGGACCAAGCAUUCACCAUCGAUUUCAGGUUUAUGAUGCUGAGCCUGGAGUUUGACCAUUCCUGUCGCUACGACUAUAUCGAGGUGCGUGAUGGUGACAGUAUCAACUCUCGUGUGAUUGGUCGGUUCUGUGGGAACAACAGGCCUGCUCCAAUCCAGAGCUCUGGCAACUCCCUACACGUCCUGUUUGUAGCCGAUGGCUAUAAGAACUUUGACGGCUUCUUCGCCACCUUCCAAGAAAGCUCAGCAUGCAGCUCCUCCCCCUGUCUCCAUGAUGGAACCUGUAUCAUGGACACGUCCCAGUCCUACCACUGUGGCUGUCUGGCUGGCUACACUGGACAGCGGUGUGAGAAUGUUGUAGGGUGCAGGAGGCCCCCAGUACCUAUCCAUGGCUCCACAGAGGGGAUAUUCCAUCACUCAGGGGCGCGAGUCACAUUCCGCUGUGACCCUGGGUUCGAGCUGAGGGGGAUCCGCACCGCCAUCUGCCUCCAGGAUGGCACCUGGAGCACCCCUGCCCCCCAGUGUGGUUUGCCUAUGGUGAAAUUAUGCGCCAUCCCAGCCAAGCCUGUGCAUGGAGACCACUUCCUAGUCUACGGGCCCAAUGAUAUCAUCAUAGCCCUGCAGUACCUGUGCUACCGGCCCUACAAGCUGAGCGGGACACACCAGAGGACCUGUUUGCCCAACAACACCUGGAGCGGAACACCCCCCACAUGUGGUAAAGUGAAUAAUACACUUGCUGAACCAGGCAAAGACAAAGGAAAUGACAAAGCAAGAGAUACAGAAAAGGACAAAGAAAAGGAUGCAGAAAAAGAGAAAGACACUGACAAAGACAUUGAAAAACCCAAAGACAAAGAGAAAGACUAUAAUACAGGUAUCAAAGAGGACGUGGCUGGUAAAGAUCCAGACGCAGGCCUGAGGAACACAACAGUGGAUGGUAAAGAUCCAGACGCAGGCCUGAGGAACACAACAGUGGAUGGUAAAGAUCCAGACGCAGGCCUGAGGAACACAACAGUGGAUGGUAAAGAUCCAGACGCAGGCCUGAGGAACACGACAGUGGAUGGUAAAGAUCCAGACGCAGGCCUGAGGAACACGACAGUGGAUGGUAAAGAUCCAGACGCAGGCCUGAGGAACACGACAGUGGAUGGUAAAGAUCCAGACGCAGGCCUGAGGAACACGACAGUGGAUGGUAAAGAUCCAGACGCAGGCCUGAGGAACACCACAGUGGAUGGUAAAGAUCCAGACGCAAGCCUGAGGAACACGACAGUGGAUGGUAAAGAUCCAGACGCAGGCCUGAGGAACACAACAGUGGAUGGUAAAGAUUCAGACGCAGGCCUGAGGAACACAACAGUGGAUGGUAAAGAUUCAGACGCAGGCCUGAGGAACACAACAGUGGAUGGUAAAGAUCCAGACGCAGGCCUGAGGAACACAACAGUGGAUGGUAAAGAUUCAGACGCAGGCCUGAGGAACACAACAGUGGAUGGUAAAGACAAAAACAUAGACAUUACUCUGGUUAACAUCCCAGGACGAAACGAGGAUAAAACAAGUGACAAAGAAAAAGAAACUGGGAUCGAGAAACCUUCUGGAGGUACAAAGGAUAAAGUGGACAGUAAAGAAACGGAUGACAUUGUAAACACAGUGGAGGGAGAGAGAGAAAAUGACGUGGGGAAAACCAUUGCAGACAUAGAUGGCAGUCCAGAUACUGGGGGAGACACAGACGUGAUACGGGAGAUAGGAAAGACAACAGAGAUCCCUGAUAUAGUGGUGGAAGAUAAAGGACAGGAGGGAGAGAAGAAGACAGAGGAUCCAGUAGAUAAAAGCAGUGAUCCAAACAUAGUUGAUCCUAAUGACUUAAAACCUAGGGGAGACACAACAUUUGCCAUAGAUUACACUGAGUUAAAACCUAGGGGAGACACAUUUGCUGUAGAGUACACUGUUACGGAUGUGUUUGGCACCAAUGACAUAGAGCAGGGUAUGAAUACAACAAUGUCUAAAGACAUUGUGAAGAUUUUUAUUCCAACUAGAAACAACAACACACAGUUCACCCCAUAUUCAUCAGGAGGUCAGGAAACUGAGAGGCUGGUGGAAAAGCCACACGAAGAUAUAGGAGCAACUAAAGAUAUAGGCUCAACUAAAGAUACAAUGGCAAGUACAAGCAAACCUGAAGAGGAAAAUACUGGAAAAGAUUCUGACAAAACAACUGAAGAAGAGUCUGAUGAUGAGAAGAGAGAAAACCAAAGCAUCACCCCGAACACUUCAGAGGAGAGCUGUCCCCCUCUCCCACAGCUCUACCAUGGGUACCAGCAGGUAGUGCCAGGGCUGGUGCCAGAGACAGUGGAUUUCUUUUGUAAUCACUCCUACGCUCUGAGUGGUGACGCCAGACGCACCUGCCAGCCUGGUGGAAACUGGGGGGGCACUCAACCCCUUUGUGUGAGAGCCUGCAGAGAGUCCAAGGUCUCAGAGCUGGUCAGACAGAGAGUUCUGCCUCCACAAGCUCCAUCCAGGAAGACCCCUGUGCAUAAGCUCUACUCAUCCUCUGGGUUUGUGAAGAUGUUCCAGUCUGUCGGCCCCACCAAAGUUCCCCCAAUGCUAUCCCAGCUGCCCCAGGGGUUCCACCACCUCCACACUCACAUAGCGUACGAGUGUGCCUCUCCCUUUUACCAGCACUCAGGCAGUGCACGCCGAACCUGCCUCAAGACUGGCAAGUGGAGCGGGCGUCAUGUCUCCUGUUCACCAGUGUGUGGGAAGCACCCCACCUUUGACCCCCAGAGCCCGGCAGAGUCCCACUGGCCCUGGCUAGCCGCCAUCUACCAACGCCCCACCAACGGAGCAGGGACCAAGCUGGACAAGAAGGCCAGCCUUGCGGGGUCACUAAAGAAGGGGACUGGAGCUGAAUCAGGUGCUGGGGUUGGAUCCCAGGGGCAGGAUGAGGCCUCAGGCUGGCAGCUGGUGUGUAGCGGGGCCCUGGUGAACCAGCGGAGUGUGGUGUUGGCAGCCCACUGUGUGACUGAACUGGGGAAGCUGUACCCUCUGGGUGCAGCCACGGUCAAGGUGGUGAUGGGAAAACACUACCGCAGUGACCUCCGGGAGACCAAGGGCCUGCAGCAUCUCAGGGUGGCCUCCAUCUCUAUCCACCCCAACUACGACCCCCUGGUUCUUGACUCAGACCUGGCAGUGAUCAAGCUGCUGGACAAGGCUCGUAUCGGGGAGAAGGUCCUGCCCCUCUGCCUACCUGACAUCCAGGGGAGAGAGGUGACCUCCAGAGAAGGUUUGGUGACGGGCUGGGCCCCCCUGCCAGAUCCCCGGAUCGGGGAAGAGGAGCAGGCCAGGGUGGGUGUGCAGCACCUGGCCGACGUGGUGCCCUGCGAGCAGCAGUAUGCCCGUAAAGGGGUGCCCGUGAGCGUCACGGACAACAUGCUCUGUGGCCGCCAGCGACCCAACUACAGCCCAUCUAACAUCUGUCCCGCGGACACAGGGGGUAUCCUGAUCCUUCCGGCCCAGACAGGCUCCCCCCAGGACCCCUCUCUUGCCUCUCCAGAGGGGCAGGACACAUCCAAAGGGGAGUGGCGGCUGCUGGGGUUGGUAAGUUUUGGGUAUGACCAGGGAGAGUGUGACCCAGACCUGUUUACAGUGUACACACAUGUGGCCAACUUCAAAGACUGGAUAGAGAGCCAUAUGAAGUGACAUCACCAGGAUGUGACUCGCCCUGUAUCUCGUUUUCCUCCCUCUCUUCAACCAACAAUUCCCUCUUUUGCUUCAUCAUUAUUCCCCCUCUUACUUUUAUUUGCCAACAUUUUUCUCCAUUCUCCAUUCUCAUUUUUCUCAAUUUUUCUUCCAUCUACCUGCUUCUUGUCAUACCCAAGCAGGGAGUGUGAUCACAAAAGAGCAGAGUAACACUGGACUGUACAGUGCUCUGAACUGACUUUAGGAGGCCCUAACACAAAUGGAUCAGAUAGAGCUGCCCUCCACUCAGCACAGUACUUCAGUGUUCAGGUUUUACCUUAAAUUUGUUCUUAGACAUGAAAACAAAAACCAGUUCCCUGGGAAAAGCUGGUUUUCAUUGUAUUCUUUGAUAUGUAUAUAUAAUGUAAUGAAUUAUUAUUAAGGCUCUGUACGUGGUUCAAGGGAUGUACAUAUUGUAUAGAAGGACAUAAAUGUAAUGUUGUUUUUAAUGAAAGAUAUGUGAUUGUGUGUAAAGAAACGUGGGUCUGGUUAGA